AUGGAGAACCCAAAAUCCACAGAUCAAGUUGUUCUCUUCCUUGACCAACAAGAAAACCCUAAACCUUCAGCAAUGGACACUGAAACUCACCACAACACCACCGAACCUCAUCAUGAGAAACCCAAACACCCCUCAAGAGUCAAAACUCUUAGCCGUCUAAGCUUCUCCAAACCCAAAUCUAGAAUCUUUGAAUACAAUCAUACACCUCGCAACAAACUACCUACCUUUGAAGAACAAGACACUCAACUACCUUCCUACAAAGUCUCUUCCGACGAAGAAGACGACUAUGAAUGGAAGGAACAAGAAUCAGAAGAAGAAGAAGAAGAAGAUCCAAAGUUAAACAAAAAGAAAAAGUUUAAGGUGAAGUGGAGGCUAGUUUUUGAAUGGAUACUAUUUAUAAACAUCUUAACAUGCUUGGUUUGUUCUCUAGUAAUAAAAAAAAUAAAAAACAUGCAUUUACUAGGGUUAGAAGUUUGGAGAUGGUGUUUAAUGGCAAUGGUAACAUUUAGUGGCCGUUUAUUUUCAAGUUGGUUAGUUAGUUUUACCGUUCUCAUCAUAGAAAGAAACUUCAUGCUAAGAGAAAAAGUUUUAUACUUCAUCUACGGUUUAAGAAACAGCAUUCGUAAUUGUCUAUGGUUAGGUCUUGUUUUAUUGUCCUAUUGGAGUGUAGUUUUCGAUGAUGUCCAAAAGAAAAACCAUAAAUUCCUCAACAAAAUGUUUCAAGCACUAGUUGCUGUUUUAAUAGGUGCAACAAUUUGGCUAGUGAAAAUUGUUUUGGUGAAAAUGCUAGCUUCAUCUUUUCAUGUGACAACAUAUUUUGAUAGAAUGAAAGAAAGUGUUUUUCAUCAUUAUGUGUUGGACGCGUUGUCGGGUCCGCCGAUGGAAUACGGGGAGGAGAUAUCGAAAGAGCAUCAUUUGAUGGGGUCGAAGACGAUGCCGGUGGGGGCAGGGAGGUGGAAGAAGAUGAAGAGAUUUGGGUCAAGGAGGAUUGAUAUGGAGAAGCUGAGGAAACUUAGUAUGGAGAGUGGUGGUUCGGUUUGGAGUGUUAAGAGACUUGUUAAUUAUGUUAGGUCUUCUGGUUUGUCGACUAUUUCUAGGACUGUUGAUGAUUUUGGGCAUAAAGAGAGUGAGAUUAGUAGUGAAUGGGAAGCUAGAAGUUGUGCUCAGAAGAUUUUUAACAAUGUUGCUAAACCUGGUGCCAAGUAUAUUGAAGAGGUGGAUCUCAUGAGAUAUUUGAAGAGGGUUGAGAUACAUACCAUAUUCCCACUCUUUGAAGGUGCUCUUGAAACUGGAAAAAUUAGCAGAUCUUCAUUUAGAAAUUGGGUGAUUCGAGCUUAUUAUGAAAGAAAAGCCCUAGCACAAUCACUUAAUGAUACAAAAACAGCAGUGCAACAACUUCACAAAUUAGCAAGUGCAGUUGUAAGUGUGAUAAUAAUAAUAGUGACCCUUUUGGUCAUGGAAGUGGCUACAAUCAAGAUAAUAUUAUUCUGUAUCACACAAACAGUUUUAAUAGGAGUUGCUUUUCAAGGCACUUGCAAAACUGUCUUGGAAGCUAUUAUCUUUGUCUUUAUCAUGCACCCUUUCGACAUUGGAGACCGUUGCGUAAUUGAUGGUGUUCAGAUGAUUGUGGAAGAGAUGAAUAUAUUGACAACGGUGUUUCUUCGUUAUGACAAUGAGAAAAUUUACUACCCUAAUGCGGUCUUACUCACUAAGCCUAUAAGCAAUUUUUAUCGAAGUCCCGAGAUGCGUGAUUCAAUCGAUUUCACCAUUGAUGUUACGACUCCUAUAGAGACUAUCAUUGCACUAAAGAAAUCAAUACAAAUGUACAUUGAGAGCAAGCCAAAGUAUUGGAAUCCAAAGCAUACUGUGAUGGCAAAACAAAUAGAUCAAGUGGACAAAUUAAAGUUGUGUUUAGGUGUGCAACACACCAUUAACCAUCAAAACUAUGGUGAAAGAAGCAUUAGGAUAUCAGAACUUCUCAUGGAAAUGAAAAAGAUGUUUGAGAUUCAUGGCAUUAAGUACCAUCUUCUUCCUCAAGAAAUUCAUCUCACUAAAAUGGAUAUUGGAGAUGGGAGAUCUUUGUUUCAAUCAUGA